UGUUUUGUGCGACGUUUUUGGAAAUUUUAAGAUUUAAACCAUUCUUUUGAACAAAAAACUACAUUAUAGAGUAUAAAUUGUUAAAAGUACAGGAUUAUAACAACCAAAGUGGUCCCAAUUUGAUCGUCUUGGACCGGAGCUAUUCGGUUUUUCGACUUCGGCGCAAUCCAAGAUGGCGGAUGAAAAUUAAAGUGCUUGACAUUUUGUCGAUUUCAUCCACGCGCCAGGAUUUCAAAUGGAGAGCGGCGAUGAGCCAGUUCUUAGCUUUGUAAGCGUUGAUAAAUCGAAGGAGGAAUAUCUGCAACUAGCAUCGGAAGCCAGCAAAGAAUAUGCACUUGACAGCGAAUGGAUUCCUGCAUGUGACUUGCGUGAUGUUGAUUUGGAAGCAAGGCGAUCCGUGUUUGUUUUGGAGAAUUUCGAAGGAGAGGACUUCGAAUAUUUGAAGGUAAACAAGUGUAGGAUCGUUGGUCCGCAAUGUAUAUUGUCUUGUUUACAGACAAAGACGUCUUUGCCAAAUGUACAGUACCCAGUUUAUUCCAUUGCCAUGCGAGGCAUUGCUGUCAGCUGUACCAGUGUGCCCAAGCAGGAAAGAGACAGACUUUACGAGCUUAUUCAGCUUAUGGGAGGCAUUGUAAUGAAAGACUUCACCAGUUCAGUGACUCACCUAGUUGCGGGCGAAGUAGGCUCCAAGAAGUACAGAGUUGCGUGUAGUUUUAAUAAACCAAUCUUGUUACCUCAAUGGGUUUAUAAGUGUUGGGAACUUUGUCAUGAUAAGCAUAUUUGUGCAACAGAUGAAGAGUUCAUGGAAUACUUAUGCCCAACAUUCAAGGGCAUUACCCUUUGUGUGACAGGUAUUGAUGCUGAGAAAAGGAAAGAAAUCAAAAAACUUGUUGCACAAAAUGGUGGUACAUACUCAGGAGAACUCAACAUGAACACUUGUACCCACUUGCUUGUGGAUACUCCCAGGGGAGAAAAAUAUGAGUUUGCAAGGAGGUGGAAUCUUCAUUGUGUUUGCACUCAGUGGUUUUAUGACUCAAUUCAGUCUGGUGUCUGUCUUGAGGAGUCAAACUAUUAUACAUUAAGUGACGAUGUAAACAACAGUUCUCAGGCAGGGAUGAGAUUGUCACGUAGCUUGACCAAAUGUAACAACGCUGGUAUGGCUUCCUCCAAGAGUAGCGCAGAGAAGAAGAUUUCCAAAAAAGCUGCACAAGCGGCAUACAAAAGUGCACAAAAGCAUGGUGACAAAGAUCUUAAGUCUGGUUCUGGAAGGAAGAGUAACUUGUCAUCUAAUCAAUCCAGAAAUUUUGACAGUGUUUCCAGAUUAGGAGAAACUCACAUUUCCGAUUUAGGAAGCUCUGACUUUGAUGUGAGAAUCCAGCCUGGAAAUAUGUUUCUGGAUGGUUGCAAGAUUUACUUGAGUGGAUUUUGUGGAGCAAAGCUGGAAAAGCUAAGAAAGAUCAUUAAUUCUGGAGGAGGGACAAGAUUCAAUCAGAUCAAUGAGAUUGUGUCUCAUGUUAUCAUUGGAGACAAAGUUGAUGAAGACUUUGAAUUGCUGAGGAAUUGUGAAUUUCACAUGUUUGUUGUGGGUGUUCAGUGGAUUCUGGAUUCUGCAAGGGAAGGGAAAAAGCUAGCAGAAGAAAAUUAUCUGAUAGACAAAGAAGAACUUUCCACUUCAUGCAAGGAAAAUGAAAAUCCUGAAGGAAAUCUUGUGACAGCACCAGAAAACAAUCCUGCACCUCAACCAAAAGUGUCAGCUAAUUAUAAAAAUGUAAAAAUCGCUAAACUUCAAGAUGAUGCCUUUGAAGAUGACGAUGACGUUUUCCAGCAGUACUUGACUGAGAAUAUGGACAAUGCCAGUACAUCUGCACAAAACCCUCCACGAACAAAUCCCAGUGAGCAGCUAAUAGAUAAACCUAGCACCAAUGCAGACCCUGAUGCAACACUUGAUGAGGAAGGUGAACCUGAACAAGAUGGCUUACUUUCUGAGAAGUGUUUAACAGUUGCUGGCUUUGCUAAUGAGCAUGUGGCACACCUUUGGCAACUCAUAGAAAGUAAUGGAGGAAAGCACGUGGCCAGGGGACAAACUGCUGACUAUGCAAUUUUGCCAAUGAAUAUGGUUCCUGAUGAGAAGUUGCAAGCAAAGCAGUUAGUGACGUUUUGCUGGUUGGAACAGAGUUUGGAAUGUGGCCAUCUAUUGGCACUGGAUGAUAGCUUUCUCUUUAAGCCCUUCACUAUCCCAGCAGCAAGCCAACCACUCAAGGGAUGUGUAUUGUCAAUCAGCCAGUUUACCGGGGUAGAGAGAGAUCACAUGUAUCAAGUGGCUGAACUUUUGGGUGCCCACUGUCAGGAGUACUUUGUUCGCAAGGCAAGCAGUAACUAUCAUGCAAGCACACAUCUUCUGUGUCGAGAUCCAGAUGGGGACAAAUACAAAGCAGCUGUGAAGUGGCAUAUUCCAGUUGUGACUAGAGAAUGGCUGUUUGCAUGUGCAGCAAGUGGCACCUUGGUUCCCAUCAGCAAGUAUCCAGUUGACAAAGACAAAAUGAUAGAAACAGAUAACAUUGAUAUUGAUCCAUUGGAGAAUCUAAGACGUGAUGAGCUCCUUACCAAAGACAGUGGUGAGGAAGUGAAUGUGAAAACUGCACGAGAAGAAAUCGCCAUGGAAACAAAUGAUCCAGCAGCUGCUAUGCAAGUCGCAAAUUUAAACAAGGUGGCUUGCAAUAAUGGCAGUACAUAUAAGCAACCAGCGAAGAGGCCAUCAAUUUACAAUCGUCCUUUCAGACCGUCAUUUGACUUGACUGAUGUGAUGGAGGAGUUAGCCUCUCCUGCCUGUCGCAGUCACAGUCUUAAGAGCAGAAAGAGUCGUGGCAGUAGAAACAGCUUUCCUCUGGAUGACUUUUUUGCAGAGAACAUCAAGCAGACGCUUCAGAAACUGGGAACUGUUGCCCCACCCACAAGGGAUGAUGACCUAGGUGAAGAUAACAAUGAUGAAACUAUUGAUGAAGUUUGCCAAGGAGGAGAGGAACAGAGAGAAUCUCCUCAGAAAGGAAUUCUUGCUGGAAUUAUUUUAUCCAUCAGUAAAAAGUUGACUCAGCAACAGACAGAGCUGUUCACCUUGGCUUCAUCUCUUGGUGCUGAUUAUCGCUGGCUUUAUGAUGAAUCCUGCACUCAUCUCAUUCACCAAGGCUCAGCCAAUGACAAAACAAAGGAAUACACCCUAGCAAAAGAUCGCGGCAUUCACAUUGUGUCUCCUCAUUGGCUGUACGUCUGCCAGGAGAAAAAUGAAAGAGUUGAUGAGGCCAUGUAUCCGCACACAUUCAAUCCCAAAUUAAAUCUCCCUGUGGUAACGACAGGUAGAAGAGUGACAAGAUCAUCCAAAGCAUCAACACUUGAACAAGAUAUGUCACCACAAAAGAAAGGAAAGUCGCCUACAGCAAAGGCAAGUGGUGUGAGUGAAGAAAAUGGCUCCGAAAAGCCAAGUAGGACAAACAAUGGAUCAAGUGAGUUACCUAGCGUUGAACAGGGUGUAGCAGAGGGGAUCACUGAAGAGGAGCAAGUACAGCAGGAUCCCCAAAUGGGACCAGCAACAUUAGAGUCUUUAGAAGCACGGGAGGAUUUCAAACGACAGCUGGAGGCAAUCAUGGAUGCUACCAAGGCGAAAGGAAGGCGAAGAAGCAGACGACAUACGUCAUCUACAAACUCAAGCAGCAUUUCCCACAAUUCACCAGCGAAUGCAAAUGCUGAGAUGUCAUUGGCCACGAGACGGACCUCAUCAAGGUUGCGAUCACGUGUCAGUUCUAAGGCUGUUGAAGGUGUCGACAGUAACUCUUCCUCACGGGUCAAAUCCCGAAUGCCAAUGAAUGAUGACAGUGAACACUCACAAAGUGAUACUAUCACUUACGACGAUCCCGCGGGACGGAUGGAGCGUGAGAAGAUCAUGGCACAACUCAAAAGAGGCAACAGUCCCAGUCCAGACUUCCAUACAGAAGACGAGGAGGAGGACAGACGGGACAACAAAACACACACGAACAUGCAGACAACAGUCUCGAAAGAUUCUACAAUCACUGGAGUCGCGGUUGCUGACAACAACAACACUGUUGAACGUCACGUAAGAGAGCUAAACGUGACAAUGAAAUCCGACCCUCCCUCGCCUGUUUCCAGCUCUACCCCCGCAGCCCCAAAGCUUGGCCUUCAAAUCAAAGACACUCUAAAACCACCACCAGUGAACCUUCUUGAAGGCACGGAACUUGAUCAAACUCAAACACGUGCUUGGAUCACGCCCAAGUUUCAGCUCUCUGUCAUGACGCCUCAAGAGAAGAUUGAUUACUCGGCGUUGAUUGAGCAGCUUGGGGGCCAAGUGUUCGACACUGUUUACUUUAAUCCCGAGUGCACGCACGUGGUGGUUGGUAAACCAAACAGGAAUGAGAAGUAUCUGGCUGCAGUGGCUGCUGGUAAGUGGGUGCUUCACAAGUCGUUCCUGGAAGCCAGUCGUGAGGCAGGUUUCUUUGUGGAUGAGACGCCCCAUGAGUGGGGACAAGAAAAUCCCGGGGAACCCCACAAUAAACUCGCAGCUGCAGCUCGGAGAUGGCGGCUCAAACUUCGUCAAGAAAGAGCGGCUGCUUCAGAAACCGGUCCAAGUGGGUAUUGCUGUGGUGCGUUCAGUGGCUGGGUGGUUCUUCUGUGCGUUGACAAAUCAAGGCAACCAGGAUUUAAACGUCUGCUAGAAUCUGGGGGAGCUAAAGUGUCAGGAUUCAGACCGCCUUUCAAGAACACUCAAGACUUUUCUCACGCAUUUCUAGAUUUAUCCAAAACGAAAGUGGAAGCGUCUGACCUGGAUUCGCUACAGAUGAAUAAUGUUUGGUGUUUAAAGCCAGACUACAUCGCCGAGUACCUUAUGCAAGACCCACCACCUCCCCCACAAAAAUACUUACUUGCUGAACUGGUCACGCGGGCUGAACCGGACAGACCGGGUCUUUGUCAGUCGAGAAAAAGAAAAGGAGAUGAUAUUACGGGACUCGAUAAAAGAGCGCGUGUUUAAGCAAAAUAAAUAAGAGGCAAUAACUGUCACGUUA